GUCCACCACAGCCUUUCCUUUCUGGAACAUCGCUCUGAAAGAUCUCUCUUUCAACGAAAGCCUCGCUCGAAAAGGCCAGCCAGCAACAAAGUUAAUUCCCCAGUCAAUGAUACUCUCAGUGACACAUUCCAUCCCCUCCUACAAAUCAUGACUUGACUUCUCCCACUACAAAUGAUGUCUCUAGCAGCCCUUGCUUGAUUAACUAUCAAGCAUCUACGAUGACUUCUACCCACGAUGCCCAUCCCGAUAGCUCACGAAGCCAGGACGACUCGGCCCUCGACCGACGCACGAACUCCAGCACUUUCAGUGCCUCCAACAGAUUCAGUAUAGGUAGCAGCGAGACGGGCGAGUCAAGCAGGGCUGCAAGCAAGCGGAGCAGCCUCAGAACAAGCGAUUCCAUCAAAGACUUGCCAAAUGGAGAUGCAGGAACUCCAGAUGCCGAGAAGCCUGUGAAGGAUGGCAGAGGCAGUCAUAGAAGUCACAGGAGUCGGAGGAGUGGAGGAUUCCUGCUGUCGAAUGCUGCGUUCGAACCGCCAGCGGAUACUGCGACGAGCACAGGCUCUGCGGUCGAGAGCCUACUGCGACAACGACACUCUCUAGGCGAUCAGAAGGGCAAGACGACUUUGAAGAGCCCAGAAAGGAGACACAGGAAGAGGCGAUCAAAUAUCGGGACGAGUGUGGGUGGUAGUCCGCUGGCUUCGAACGUUGUGACGGCUUCUACUGGCAAUGGGACAGCGGACAUAAAUGCGAAGAGCAGAGAGGAUGGUGUGGAGAGUAUGGACCAUGAACCUACCGCGAAACCUACCGCUGCAGCACCAGCACUUGAUGUGGACUCUGCGCAGAUUGUCAAUUUGGCUUUGAACCUGAGCGAGAGUAGGCGGAAUGCUCAAAGGAGGGUCAUAUCUACGUCGAUGCCCCCAGCUACAGGCGGUUUGGGCGAAUCUUUCACAGGUAGUAGCUUACGGCAUCAACUGCAGCAGCAGAGGCGAGUAUCACGAAAUGUCUCUCCCAAACCAGAUCGGGGGGAAAGGACUACGGCCUCUUCUCCAAGGCUUGCGUCUGGGCAGAGGAUCAAUAGCCCACUUCAGGCAUCGUUCGACACGCAGCCCGACGGCCAGUAUCAGUAUCAUUUCUCGGCAUCUACACUGGCCAGAGCUGAAAAGGCGAAGAACGCCAUUGAGCUUAUGGCACAGUAUCGACGGUUAUUGCAAUACGUGCCUCCUUUAAAGCCACAAGCCUUAGACAAGACGUUUACUGCAAGUCCUGCGGGGACUGCCCCGGGCUCCCCUAUCAUCUCAUCGUCCAAGGGCCCAUCUCGAACCAUUUCGAAUACAUCUUCAAAUCGCCCACUAGGAAGGCCGUACAACCCUCUCCAAUAUAUUCGAAAUCGUAAAGUGCGGUCUCGGAAUUCAAGAGCGAUUGACGGAGAAGCACAAGGUUUUGGAGACCUUGAAAAGGUGUCAUCUUGGGUAGAUGCUGUUUCUCACCAAGCUUCCUCUGAAGAUGGGCAGGCCGACUGUCUGAUGAUGCCCCAGUUCUCGAAAGCUGCGGACGAUGCUGCUUCGCCUUUCGGAUCUCCACAGUCGGGUCAGGGCAAGCCUCAGUCUGUACCUGUGAAGGUCAAAAGGCCCAGAAUCGAUUGGGUAACCAACCCAGCAGAUAUGAUUGCGGAUGUUUUCUGGCUUGAGCAAGAUGACAAUAAGAAGCUUAUUGAGGAUCGUCAUGGCCUGAAUAUAUUCCCAGCAAGUAAAGAGCUCAAGCGACCUAUUUCACGAAGUGAUGAGCCAGAGGUCAAGAACAUCAGCCCGAAAGCAAAAGCAGACGACCUCGGACUCGAUAUGCGCAUGCUUGACACGAAACUUCCCGAGUUCAAAUCAGUCAAGCCUGACUCGGAAAGGUUCCCAGAUCUGUCAACUUCGAGAGCACGAAAGAAGUUUCGGGAUGUUCGUGCAGCUGCACGUUUACAUCAUGGGCAUAGCGGAUCCUUGAGGCACCUGAGAAGCUCCCGCAGUAGAUCAGACGACUCGGAUUCAGACGAGAGCGAUGAUUCCAUGCCAAAGAGGAGAAAGCGGCGCAGUGGGACUACAGACAGCUACGACAAUGGCAGGGGGGUUCUCGAGAAGCAGAUGAUGGAGAUUCUUGCCAAGGAGGCAGAAGAAGCUCGCUGGUCUUCUCGUGACAACUCCAGUAAACGUCAUGAUGGUACUCCUAUGAAGCCUCUGCCAAAAGACAUGGCCAGAGCCAAUGGCUCGGCAGGCCACAGCAGGUCUGCUUCCCUAGUGAAGGACAGCAGAGCCAAUGGGGGAUCAUCAGGUCGUGCGAGCCUCGAGGUUCCUGGUAUAAAUGGGCGUGGAUCAAUGGAAGAUCUCAAUACGACUGCCCCAAACUCUCCUUCCAUGAAGGCCACCAAGCUCGGUGAUAGGUUUGUUCCAAGCAUUGCGAUGGACCUGUCCUCUGGUAGGAGUCGUCCUACUAGUACCUCGCCAUCCCGAAGGCCGCUGUCAAGGAUGAGAUCAAAAAUAAGACCAUAUUACGAGCGAAGCCAAGAGUCUGAGCACCAGGAUGAGAAUGUUGCCGUUUCUGUUGAGCAAGAUCAAGAAAGUCCAGACCCUCGGCGCCGUUCCAUCAGCCCUGUCAAAAAGAUCAUUUCGAGGAAUACAGAUGACAGCCAAAAGGCAUUCCGCAAAUCGGGUAGCAUCCGGAAAGGAAAGGAAGACUCGGGCAUUCGAGGACUUUUCAAGAAUGCUCGUAAUCCUGUGAGCAGAGUCAGUGACUUACUUUGGCGGAAAGAAGCUUCGCCAGGCCAAGGUAACUCUUCAGGAUUCUCAACUGACGAAUCCGACAUGGAGGAGAUACGAAACCCCCAGCAGAUUACACAUUCUCGCGACAGCUCUGUGGGUACUGCAUUCGAUGAUGCUGAGGAUGCUUCACCACAGAUCGAAAAGAAGUCAUACAUCAACAGUGUACCGCCUUUGCCGACUUUCACAUCACCAUUUGAACGUCGUGGACGACCAACACGGAUGCAGAGUGACGAGUCAUAUAUUGCCCCCAACUCGAGAUCACAAAAGCUCCCCACACGAGAGGAGCGCAGGAAAUUUGGUUCUGAUAAUAUGUUGGAUGCUCCUAGAAUCGACGUGCAUAAUGCAUCCCCAACAUCUUCACCUGAUGCCGUACCCAUUAACCGUUUCCAACGCGACUCGUCUGUCUCUGACAUCGACUCUCGACGUAACAGCAUCAAUGGAGUUAAAAGAGCUGAUGCUCGUCUCAAUUCGAUCCUUGGUCUCCCUGGAAAGCGCAGAAACGCCCUUCCAAUCACUGGUCUCUCUAGCCUCGAAACGAGCCAUGACCAUCGUCCCUCACUCGGAGGCCGACAAUGGUCCAUCUCAGACCGUAGUCCCUCCGAACAUCGCGGACCUUUGAACAGACGAGAGAUCGCUCGUGUUCGAGCCCUCCUUCUCUCUUCUGGCAUCAAAGCUAAGGAAAUCUCUCGUCGCGCAGCAGAACUCAAGGAUUUGAGGGCGGAGAAAGAUCCCUUGUAUGGAGAUAUCGCCGAUAUGGCACACGAAGAAAUCGAGGUCGUCCCCAAAUCCCAACAACAUCGCCUCGCCGCCCGCAUUAUCUCAGAUGACGUCCAGCUCUCUUCUCAAAUAUGGCAAGAUUCCGCAGAUACAUUCGUCAACGACACGGUCAAUGUUCUCAUGAGCCGCAUCGGUAGUCUGCAGCAUCGCCUAGUCGAUAAUCUCACGCCGAUGACACGCACGGCUGCUGAUGAGGCGGAUGAAGUCUCUAAAGAUCUCGUGACGAGCCAGAUGCUGAAGGUUAAAAUGAUUGGUGAUAAGAUCGAUAAGAUGACCCGGACGAGACGGCGGCGGUUCAGGUGGUUGAGGAGGGGCGGGUGGGUCCUUGUCGAGUGGGCGCUUGUGGGGAUUAUGUGGUACGUUUGGUUUGUGGUUGUGAUUGCGAGGGUGUUUAUGGGGAUUGGGAAGGGGGUUGUGGGGAGUUUGAGGUGGUUGUUGUGGUUGUGAGGGUGUGGGUUGGGAUGGGAUGAUUGCUAGAGGUUCGGGGGGAGAAACACAUGGGAUGGAUGGACAGCUGAGAUGUUGGGUUUGGGCUGUGAAGGAAGCUUGUAUUUGUGCUCCUGAAAUGUUUCAGAUGGAUUGGAUGGGAUAGGAUGGGUUGGGAAGCAUAUUUGAUACCCUGAUAGCAAUAUAAUAUUAAUGUUGUUUUGUUUUUUGCAGUCACGGCUCGGUAUGCGUGAGUGCUUGCUCCUUCGACCUGCCUCGACAAAGUAUCUAAACCACGAUGACUCUCACUGGUCAAUACAUUUUUAACAUUGGUUUGCUGGGCUCGGCUUGUAGCACAGUCUAACAUGCCCGUCUUGGUAAGGCCAGUCCUUGCCAUUCUUAUCCUUCUGUUGCCAGCACUCACAGUACAUGCGAACAUUAAAGUCCAAUUGGUCCUGGUUAGGCAAUAGCAUAGGCUAUGGCACUCGCAAAAUUCGGACUUACAAUGCACGAUUGAUCAC